GGAAAAUUCAAAUGAUAUCCAGAACAUUGGAAAAGAAUCAUUUGCUCUCCAGGCGCUGACCUCCGAAAUCACGACAGAGAGUAACUCAGUUGCUCCCGAUUUCUAUCCUGGUCAUUCACGGAAUGACUACCCGCUCGACGACUCGCUGCAUGACAGCCACCUUUGGAGCACAGGCGAAAGUCGAUUCUCGAUCCCCUUGGAAGCACCACUAGAUCAUCCGAUAAUAAAUGAAGAUUACGCAAGUCCACUCAGCGAGCCUUCGAGAUAUUCCCUUCCACCGUUGUCUCGUGGAAUCACGCGCUCACCUUCCUUACUCGCAACCCCUUCACUCACAACCCCGAUUGAGCUCUCCGAACCUUUCCACGGAACGGUCGUUGAUCGCGAGUCUCUCACUCCGGUUUCGCAGUCGAUUGGACAAGAUUGCUUUCGUUCGGAACUGCAGCUCAAUCCCGAGGCAGCUGAAUUCACCUUCCAGGUCUCGUCCGGGCCUGCUGGCGAAGUACCGCACCCUGGGGACACGCAAAGUGAACACGUUCCUGAAGCCGAUGCCAGCGUGAUUGAGCCGGUCCGUUUGAGCAAUGACCAAGAGGCGCCUGUUUCUACGAUGAAAAGGCCAGCUAAGGAUGCCACUAAAAAGAAAUCGUCUCGGCAGAGCAAAAGCGUUGUCAAAGCGCUUAUCACGGGCGAUGGCCUCUCGGCGAGCUCACUACCCAAGGAUCGUGUACGGAAGGCCAUGGGCCUCCGGAAAGCGAAAAGUGAAUAUACGUGUGUUUUCUCUGAGUGUAAGGAAAAGUUAAGCGAAGCGGAUGUCGCAAAGCACGUUGAAGGACACCUCAAACACCUCGAUCUUGCAUCUGGGGCGACCUGUCCUGUCGUCGGAUGUAAACGCACCCAGAAAGAUCUGCCAGCACGGAAACGGCACGUUCUGCAGGCCCAUCUUCAUGCAGGCGAACAAUACUGUGAAGCUUGUUCGGGCAGUUUCAGCAGGGUCUCUUGGGAUCAAGUGAUCCGGCACCUCGAGACCAAGCCGAUAAAGCACGCAGCAGUCUGGAAGGAGCUCGGUCUGCAGUGGAAAGUUGUUGGUGAUAUCGGUGCUGAUAAGGAGGACCAUACAAAAGAGGAUACCGUGAAGGUCGAGGCCUCGUCCGACAAUGGCGGCGUCGAAUACGAAUUUAUCGAAGGUUCGAGCACGGGAAAGAAGCGACGACGUCUAUAA